AUGGGCCUCCUGCAGGUGCUGGUCGUGGAGAACUUCAAGUCGUGGCGGGGCCGCCAGGUCAUUGGCCCCUUCAAGAGGUUCACCUGCAUCAUCGGCCCCAACGGCUCAGGAAAAUCUAAUGUAAUGUAUGCAUUUAGUUUUGUAUUGGGAGAGAAAGCAGCUAAUUUAAGAGUGAGAAAUAUUCAAGAACUUAUUCAUGGAGCACAUAUUGGAAAACCUUUUUCUUCUUCUGCAAGUGUAAAAAUUGUGUAUGUGGAGGAAAGCGGGGAAGAGAAAACAUUUACAAGGAUUAUCCGAGUGGGAUGCUCAGAAUUUCAUUGUGAUGAUAAUCCUGUGAGUCGUUCUGCUUACAUAGGAGAGUUGGAAAAGAUCGGCAUAACAGUCAAAGCACGAAACUGCCUAGUUUUUCAGGAAAGUGUAGAGUCGAUUUCAAUGAACCCAAAAGAAAGGACCCAGUUUUUUGAGGAAAUCAGCAGCUCAGGAGAACUAAUAGGAAAAUAUAAAGAAAAGAAGAGAAAGUUACAAAAAGCUGAAGAGGAUGCACAGUUCAAUUUUAAUAAGAAAAAAAGUGUAGCUGCAGAGCGGAAACAAGCACAAUUAGAGAAAGAAGAGGCAGAACGUUACCAGGGUCUUCUUGAAGAACUGAAAGUCAAGAAGAUACAACUACAGCUUUUCCAACUAUAUCACAAUGAGAAGAAAAUUCAUUUUCUCAAUUCUGCGUUAGAGCGUGUGAAUAGGGAUUUGAGUGUCACAAAACAGUCUCUUUCUCAUCAUGCAAACAGAGUUAAAGCCAAGAAAAAGGAAUGUGGAAUGCUAACCGGACAACUAUAACAAACAAAAAGAACACUGCACUCUACCAAGUGCGCCACCAGGCCGGCCCAUGAAGCAUUUUUAAAUAAGAUGCAGCUUCAAUACAUUCAAGUCAAAGAAAGCACUUCUCAUCACCUGGAAAAAUUAGAUGUGGCUAAGAAAUCAGUAAAGGACAGUGAAAAACAAUGUUCUAAACAGGAAGAUGACAUAGGAGACCUGGAGACAGAACUGGUUGAUUUAGAUGGUGCAUGGAUAAGUUUUGAAAAGCAGAUUGAGGAAGAAAUCGUUAGUAAAUUACGAGACUUAAAACUGGAAGAUGGUAAGCUGGAUCGUUAUGACGAACUUCAGGAAGAAGUAAGAACGAAAGCAGCUAUAACGAUCCAACUGGAAAAACUGCAGUGGGAACAGAAGGCGGAGGAAGAAAGACUGGCGUUUGAAAAGAGGAGGCAUGGUGAAGUUCAGGGAAAUCUAAAACAAAUAAAAGAACAAAUAGAAGAUCAUAAAAAACGAAUAAAGAAGUUGGAGGAGGAUACAAAGACAUGCAUGGAUUGCUUGAAAGAGGAGAAAGAGCAAGAGGAAACCCUAGUGGUUGAAAUUGACAAAGCAAAAUCAAGACUGUCUGAGGUUAAUGAAGAAUUGGAUCUUAUUGGAAGUGAAUUGCAGAAUGCUGGAAUUGAUAACCAUGAGAGAAGACGUCAGCAAAAGAGAGCAGAGAUUCUGGAUCACCUUAAAAGACUUUACCCAGAUUCUGUGUUUGGAAGACUGGUUGACCUGUGUCAUCCCAUUCCUAAGAAAUACCAGCUGGCUGUUACUAAGCUUCUUGACCAGUACAUGUUUGCCAUUGUUGUGGUCUCUGAAAAAGUAGCGAAAGAUUGUAUUCAAUUUCUGAAGGAGUAAAGAGCUGAACCUGAGACAUUCCUUGCUCUAGAUUACCUGGAGAUCUAGCCAAUCAAUGAAAAAUUAAGGGAGAUUAAAGGCUGUAAAAUGGCGAUUGAUGUCAUAAAGACUCAGUUUCCACAGCUCAAGAAAGUGAUUGAAUUCGUGUGUGGAAAUGGCCUUGUCUGUGAGUCUGUGGAAGAAUCCAGGAGUGUUGCAUUCGAUGGACCUGAAAAACAGAAAACAGUGGCUCUUGAUAGAACAUUAUUUUUAAAAUCUGGGGUGAUCUCUGGAGUGUCAAGUGAUUUAAAAUACAAGGCUAGAUGCUGGGAUGAGAAAGAGUUAACGAAUCUAAGAGUCAGAAGAAGCCAGCUAAUCCAAGAGCUGAAGGAUUUAAUGAAGACACUCCACAAGGAAACAGAUUUAAAACAAAUACAGUCUCUAGUACAAGGAACUCAUGCACGACUCAAAUAUUCGCAGAGUGAAUUAGAGAUCAUAAGAAAGCACCUUGCUACUUUUUACCAGGAACAAUCUCAGUUACAAAGUGAACUACUAAAUAUUGAGUCUCCAUGUACUAAGUUGAGUGAAGGAAUCAAAGAAAGACAACAAAGAAUUAAAGAAUUUCAAGAUCGAAUUUAAAAGGUAGAAGAUGAUAUUUUUCAACACUUCUGUGAAGAAAUUGGUGUGGAAAAUAUUCGUGAAUUUGAGAACAAACAUGUUAAACAGCAUCAAGAAAUGGAUCAAAAACGGGUUGAAUUUGAAAAACAAAAAACUCAGCUUAAUAUUCACCUGGAAUAUAGUCAUGGUCAGCUUAAGGAGAAACUGCAUAAGGUCAACGCGUUAAGAAAAGACAUCCAGAAAAGUAGAGAAGACAUCGAUAACCUAAACAAGGCUGCAGAAAACUGUUGGCAAAUCCUGGAUGAACUCAUGGCAAAGCGGCAGCAACUUAAAGACGUAUUUAUCACUCAGAAUUCCAACACUGACACAGUUCAAACUCAAAUUGAAGAGGAACGGAAGAAGUUUUUGGCUGUUGAAAGGUAUUCUAAGAUUCAGCAUUCUAAGAUUCAGCUGAAUUCCGACACUAUCUGCCUGGACUUAGUAUCAGAUGCCACAGGUUAA